UCUCUCGGCACUGAGACUGGCAUCAGCAUCAUCAUCAGCAUCUCUGCCCUCCCAGUCUCGCCGGUUCUCACGCUGCAGCAAAAAGUGAGUCUCUCCAGGCAGCAUCACCAGCAUCCACAACAGCAUCCUUCUCUGAGCAUCUUCUCCUGAGCAGCCUUUGCCACCUUCUGGGAAAGAGGCUGCCCAAAACAGAGAAGAAGACCCCAGGCUCGGGAUUGUACUGCCAAGAGAAUCAGCAUGUCAGACAAGAGUGAUUUAAAAGCUGAGCUUGAACGCAAAAAGCAACGUUUGGCCCAAAUAAGAGAAGAGAAGAAACGGAAGGAGGAAGAAAGGAAAAAGAAAGAGGCAGAUCUCCAGCAAAAGAAGGAGCCAACUCAAGAGGACUCUGACCUAGAUCGCAAGAGGAGGGAGACAGAAGCUUUACUGCAGAGCAUUGGUAUUUCUCCAGAACCACCUCUAGUCCCAACCCCUAUGUCUCCCUCUCCGAAAUCAGUGAGCACUCCCAGCGAAGCCGGAAGCCAAGAUUCAGGAGACAUGGGACCUGUGGGAAGGACCCUGCAAUGGGACACAGACCCUUCAGUGCUCCAGCUUCAGUCGGACUCUGAACUUGGCCGCCGUCUGCACAAGCUAGGUGUGUCAAAAGUGACCCAGGUGGAUUUUUUGCCUCGGGAAGUGGUUUCAUACUCCAAGGAGACUCAAACACCCCUGGACACUCAUCGGGCUGAAGAGGAUGAGGAAGAUGAGGAAUUGGUUGAACCAAAACCACAAAAUGAUUCUGAGAUAGAAACUCAAGAAAAGAAGCAAGAGGUGAAAGAAGCUCCUCCUAGGGAACUGACAGAAGAGGAAAAGCAGCAGAUAGUCCAUUCAGAAGAGUUCCUCAUAUUUUUUGACCGGACUAUACGUGUGAUUGAGCGAGCGCUAGCUGAAGAUUCAAACAUUUUCUUUGACUACAGUGGCCGAGAUGUAGAAGAGAAAGAUGGAGAUGUCCAGGCUGGAGCCAACCUUUCCUUUAACCGACAGUUCUAUGAUGAGCAUUGGUCAAAGCAUCGAGUUGUCACUUGUAUGGAUUGGUCCAUUCAGUACCCUGAACUGAUGGUUGCUUCAUAUAACAAUAAUGAAGAUGCCCCACAUGAACCUGAUGGGGUGGCAUUGGUUUGGAACAUGAAAUUUAAGAAAACAACACCAGAGUAUGUUUUUCACUGUCAGUCAUCUGUGAUGUCUGUCUGCUUUGCCCGCUUUCAUCCAAAUCUGGUUGUUGGAGGAACUUAUUCUGGUCAAAUUGUAUUGUGGGACAAUCGUAGUCACAGAAGGACACCAGUUCAACGUACUCCCCUUUCUGCAGCAGCACACACGCACCCUGUGUACUGUGUAAAUGUCGUUGGAACACAGAACGCUCACAACCUCAUUACCGUUUCUACAGACGGAAAGAUGUGUUCCUGGAGUUUGGAUAUGCUCUCAACUCCACAGGAAAGCAUGGAACUGGUAUACAAUAAAUCCAAGCCAGUGGCAGUUACAGGAAUGGCUUUCCCUACUGGAGAUGUCAAUAACUUUGUUGUAGGAAGUGAAGAGGGGACUGUCUAUACAGCUUGUCGCCAUGGAAGUAAAGCAGGGAUUGGUGAAGUCUUUGAAGGCCACCAGGGUCCUGUCACAGGAAUCAACUGUCACAUGGCAGUGGGUCCGAUUGAUUUCUCCCAUCUAUUUGUCACGUCAUCAUUUGACUGGACUGUCAAGUUGUGGACCACAAAGCACAACAAGCCGCUCUACUCCUUUGAAGACAAUGCCGACUAUGUCUACGAUGUCAUGUGGUCCCCAGUGCAUCCUGCCCUCUUUGCCUGCGUGGAUGGGAUGGGCCGCCUGGAUCUCUGGAACCUGAACAAUGACACCGAGGUUCCAACAGCUAGUGUGACAAUCGAAGGAGCCUCUGCUCUCAAUCGUGUUCGUUGGGCCCAAGCUGGGAAAGAAGUAGCCGUUGGGGAUUCUGAAGGAAGGAUUUGGGUCUAUGACGUCGGAGAGCUUGCCAUGCCACACAGCGAUGAGUGGACCCGAUUUGCCCGGACCUUGGUGGAAAUCCGAGCCAACAGAGCAGACAGCGAAGAAGAAGGGACCAUGGAAAUCUCUGCCUAGAAGAGAGGAAGGUGCUCACCCCUCCCCUCCAUCAGUUACACUCUUGUUCAGUGUCGAAUCAGUAUUGUUGUGGCUUUCCAUGCUGAUGUUCAUGUCAGCAUUACCCAAGAGUUCCAGCUCCUUCCUAUUAAUCACGCUGUGCUUUAAGCAGUCUGAAAAUAUCCAGAACGCUUUCAUGCUUCAUAUUUCUUUCCUUUUCUUUUUUUUUAAGAAGUUACCUAUGAGAGGACAAAUCAAACCCAAGUGGGUUCAGUUCUUGCCUUUUUAAAAAACUACUUUAGUAGCUGCAGUAACUGGCUAGAAACCUCCGGAUAAAUUUGGGCUCACAAACAUUUCAGGCACAGUCCUAUUAAAUCCAGAUGAAGUCAGAUAUGAUUGGGUACAGAUGUGGUGCGCUUUGCAACCAUGGGACUGGGCCAAAGACUUUAGAUGUGGUGUUUCACAUGGUGACUUACAUUAUGAAUGGAUGUACUAUAUGAACAUUGCUGCCCCUUAUUUAUUGCGGUGUGCUGCAUGGAACAUAUUUAUUUGAAAGCAUUAAAAUAAAUGAUCCUAAAGCAUGUGCA